AGACCGAUGCCGCCCAAAGGGAAGUGCCAGGGACCCGGUUCGCGGGCGCCUGCGGUCCGCGCACAGAGCUGGCUGCCCGGCCUGCUGUCGCCGGCGCUAUGCUGUGCCUGUGGUUUGUGCGUGCUGCUGGCGGGCGUGAACGUGACACUGGUGGGCACCUUCGCCUCUUUCCUGCCUAGGCACAAUGUGCCGCUGAUCGUAGGGCCGGCGCUGCUGGUGGUGGCAUUCGGCUUCUUCGCGGCCUGCUGCGCGUGUAGCCGCCGGGUCCCCACCUCCCGCCCGCGCUCCGCGGCAGCCAAGGGCGCGGACCAGCGGGGAAGUGGCACCGGGCCCGUGGCGCUGGAAAUGGAGAGCAGCGAGCGCACGGCUCAGGACACCACGGCCGUGCAGCUGAGCCCCGCCGCCUCAGGUGCUUCCUCCGGCCGCUCCAGCCCAAGCCCCUGCCCUUUCGCCCUGGACUCCCCCGCGCCUGCUGUGGCCUAUGCACCGCGCACCAACGGGGUCCGGCUCAACCUGCCCCGGGAGCGCGAGGCCCCCUAG